AUCAUGGGAGAAGCGGAAAUUUCUCCUCGCAUGGCGUUAGUAGCGGUCGCUCCUGAAGAAGCUGCCUCCAUAGCCACCACACACGCCAUUAACACACCCAGCGUUAUUUCUCUUUCAUUCAUUCUCUGUUCUUUCUUUCUUUCUCAAGAGAAGAAACAAACAGAAAAGAAGGAUCUUUGGAUCGAAUUUGGUGUUUUGGAUUUUGGUCUUUCCCCACCAUGGAUGAAGAAUACGAUGUGAUCGUUCUUGGUACGGGUCUCAAGGAAUGUAUUCUCAGUGGCCUCCUCUCCGUCGAUGGCCUCAAGGUGCUGCAUAUGGACAGAAACGACUACUAUGGAGGAGAAUCGACUUCUCUCAAUCUCACCCAGCUAUGGAAGCGUUUCCGGGGAGAUGAUGCUCCUCCAGACAAUCUUGGGUCAAGCAGAGAAUACAAUGUCGAUAUGACACCUAAGUUUAUCAUGGCCAAUGGUCUUCUUGUUCAAACCCUCAUCCACACUGAUGUCACAAAGUAUCUUAACUUCAAAGCUGUAGAUGGCAGCUUUGUGUACAAGAAAGGGAAGAUCUACAAGGUCCCAGCUACUGAUGUUGAAGCCCUGAAAUCGACAUUGAUGGGUCUGUUUGAGAAGCGACGGGCAAGAAAGUUCUUUAUAUAUGUGCAGGACUAUGAUGAGAAAGAUCCCAAGUCCCAUGAAGGUUUGGACCUCAACAAAGUUACAGCCAGAGAGAUCAUCUCGAAAUACGGGCUGGAAGAUGAUACAAUUGAUUUCAUUGGCCAUGCCUUGGCUCUUCACAAUGAUGACGACUACCUGGAUCAACCUGCUAUUGAUUUUGUCAAGAAAAUUAAGCUCUAUGCGGAGUCUUUGGCACGGUUUCAUGGAGGAUCUCCUUACAUCUACCCUCUGUAUGGUCUCGGAGAGUUACCACAGGCUUUUGCGCGUUUGAGUGCUGUGUAUGGUGGGACUUACAUGCUCAACAAGCCCGAGUGCAAGGUAGAGUUUGACAGUGAUGGCAAAGCUGUUGGUGUCACGUCUUCAGGAGAAACUGCCAAAUGCAAGAAAGUUGUCUGCGAUCCUUCUUACUUGCCUGACAAGGUCCAGAAAGGCGGAAAAGUGGCUGGAGCCAUAGGUAUAAUGAGCCAUCCAAUUCCAGACACCAGUGACGCUCACUCUGUUCAAAUCAUUCUGCCCCAGAAGCAACUUGGUCGGAAAUCAGACAUGUACCUCUUUUGCUGUUCAUACGCUCAUAACGUAGCGCCAAAGGGCAAAUACAUAGCGUUUGUCUCGGCAGAAGCUGAGACUGACGAUCCCGAGGCAGAGCUGAAGCCUGGAGUCGACUUGCUUGGGCCAGUCGACGAGAUAUUCUAUGAUUCUUAUGACACGUAUUUACCGAGCAACGAUCCUGAGAAAGAUCAUUGCUUCAUCUCUGCUACGUAUGAUGCAUCGACACAUUUUGAGAGUACAGUUAUGGACGUACUUCAGAUGUACACUAAGAUCACUGGCAAGACACUUGAUCUGUCAGUGGACUUGAGCGCUGCAAGUGCUGCUGCCGAAGAAUAAUCUCAGUGUUUUUUUCAUCAGCAGAAAGGGAGCCGCAGAGAGAGUUUCCAAAGAACAGAACCGCUGUUUCUCAUCUGAGUCUGUCGAUCGAACGGCCAGAAUCUCAUCCGGUCAUUGACAAGAGUCCACGAGAGACUACCGCACCUGAUAAUUUCCCAUCCCUCCAAUGAGGCCGAAAACACUUUUUUUUCCCUUUAUUUUUGUUGUUGUUCUGGAUGAUAGAACAAAUUAAUAAAAAAUUAUGAAUGCGAGUGAGAGGUUUCGAUUCUGAGAUAAUAAUUUUCAGCUUAUGCAAAUAUAUUAUUAUUCCUUUUACCAAAA